CUCAAGGCGGCGCACCUCUAGCUGGAACCACGGCGACUGUCACGGGAUGGGGAGCUCUUUCAGGGGACGGACCGCUCGCCAGCAUCCUCCAAGUGAUCAACGUUCCGAUCAUCAGCCAGGCUAAUUGUCGUAUAGCUUACGGACAGAACACCAUAACCGACAGGAUGUUCUGCGCGGGUGUUUUGGGUGUGGGGGGAAGAGACGCUUGCUCCAACGAUUCUGGUGGUCCUUUGAUCGCUAGUGGGAUGCUCACUGGUAUCGUCUCGUGGGGUUAUGGUUGCGCCCUUCCGAAUUAUCCUGGAGUGUAUGCUAGCGUUCCCAAUCUUAGGACUUGGAUUAGAAAUGUCACUGGCCUCUGAGUUGUUCACGUUUUCAUCAAAUAUGUACAAAGAAUCCGAUAAAUAUUAAAAUUUUAGAGGUUAUGUCAAUGGAAACAGUUGUAAUUGAAGUACAUAUCAUAGAACAGUGUUAAGAUACGUAAGAGUUAGUUAAACAUUGAAAUAGUGGUUCAUACUAGACACAACACACAUGGUAAUAGUGAUUUUCACCAAUAAUUGUAAAAUUCUUUGUCCAAGCUAAAUAUGAAUACAUGCAAAUGGAGUUUG